UAUAGCCAUACCACCAUCAUAAUAAUUGUAUUUGUUGAACCGCUUAACGCUGAAAAUAAGAUCAUUGUAAAAUAUUCUGUUUUUGACUUUUUUUAGAAAAGUUAUUUUAAAGGAAUUGGAAUUAAUAAAAUUCUAUAACUGUAAAUUAUGAAAAUGGCAGAAAAAGCAUGUAGUUUUGUCGAAAGCUCCUUCCAUAUCAUUAAAGGAGCAGCUUGUACUGCCUUCUCAAUCCCAACUGGCCGAUCCACUAAAUCCGUUAAAAGAUUGGCAAAUUACAACGGGAUUAUGACGCUGUCAAAUCUAAAUAACGUCCCAUCAGAUGGUGACUAUAACUUGUUUAAGAAGCUAAUUGAGGAUAAGAUUGCUGAAAAUGCAAGAUUCCGCGUAAUUAACGUUGAUCGUACUAUGGCGGAAUCAAUUUACGGGGAAUCAAUUUACGACGAUUUCGCAGUCCCAUCCUCGGUUAAAACGUUGAGAUUAGUAGUGUUGGAUGAAUGGAAUAUAAACGCAAAUAUCCAUAACGUGUUAUACUCAACAGGUUUGAUACGUGAGAUCUGCAUUAACAAGUUCAAAUAUAAGCCUGAAACUAAUACGUUGGAUAUCCACUUUAAUGUUAUACCUGCAAGUGAAGAGCUACUUUGUAAAGAGGAGGACAUAAACAAACUUGAGGACUGCCCACUGAAGGAGAAUGUGCUGCCACCAGGAGAAGUCGAAUACAACUCGGCACAAUACCUUAACAUCAUCGACAGCAGUAAGACUGAUGUCGUAGAUUAUAACAAGCUCACAUUUCAAUUUGGCUGUUCUCUAAUCACCAAUCACAUUCUUAACAGGGUAAAAGCACUAGUUGGAAAUGUGCACCCCUUUUUGAGGAGAAAGAUGUUCUUUUGUCAUCGCGAUUUUGACAAACUGCUCGAUAACUAUGAAAAGGGGAACAAAUUUUUCAUUUACACUGGUAGAGGACCGUCUUCAGAAGCAUUACAUCUAGGUCAUUUGAUUCCAUUUAUUUUCACAUGCUGGUUGCAAAAGUCGUUUAACGUGCCGGUUGUCAUAAUGUUGAGUGACGACGAGAAGUUCGUGUUUAGGGAGGAGUUGGAACUGGAAAAUGUACGUAAUUUGGCCCUAGAAAACGCAAAGGAUAUCAUUGCAGUUGGCUUUGACCCUGAGCUCACCUUCAUUUUCAGAAACACUGACUAUAUCCAGCACCUGUACAAAACCACGCUAAAACUUCAGAAGAAGACGACAUUUAACCAACUCAGAGGCUCAUUUGGGUUUGACUACUCAACCAACGUCGGAAUGAUUUCCUACCCACUCCUGGAAGGAGCUGCUUCCUUCAGCGAGUCAUUCCCGAAUCUCUUCAACAAUAAAGAAGAUAUCAUGUGCCUAGUUCCACAAGGAAUUGACCAGGAUCCUUUCUUUAGAUUAACGAGGAGUUUGGCACCCAAGUUGGGACUUAAGAAACCAGCACUAAUCCACUCUAAAUUCAUCCCGUCUCUACUGGGAAUUAACCAAAAGAUGUCAUCAUCAAUUGAGGGCUCGGCGAUAUUCGUAACUGACGACGCAGAAACAAUUAAGAAGAAAAUACACAAAUACGCUUUCUCAGGUGGUCGUGAUACUGCGAAAGAGCACAUGGAACUUGGCCCUAACUUGGAAGUUGAUGUGUCGUAUCAGUAUUUGAACUUUUUAGUGGAAAGUGACGAGGAACUCGAAGAGAUUACCCAAAAGUACAAAUCAGGCCAGAUGUUAACCAACGAGCUGAAGAAUAAACUGGUUGAGAUACUCGUCCCAAUCAUUGAGAAGCAUCAGAAACUGAGGAGUCAAGUCGAUGACGAAAUGCUUAAGAAAUUCAUGGACCCGAACCGUGAAUCUUUUAAACAAUUCUUCAACUAAUUUUAUACUCCUUAAA